AUACUGUGGCCAGCUUUAUAAGUGCCUAUACGGGUCACACACUUUGGACAAUUUAAGGAGUAGGAUUAAACAUUGGGAUAGUAAGUAAUUUGUAUAGAUUUCUCUAGAUUUCUCUCUCUAGCGAUGUCGAGGAGAAGAGGAAGACCUAGAAAGAAGACGACGCCGAGCAAGUCUCCGACGACCGGAUCCACUCCCAAUAGUGGGGGAGAUGUGAUCCCAACAGAAGAAGAAUCUCCUACUCAACAGAAAUCCCCGAUCAAUGAUGAGAUCUUGACAGAGGCAACACCAGAUUUGAAAGAGGAAAACCCUCAACAAACAUAUGCAGAGGCAGUCACUGGGAUAGCAGAUAAGGACAAAUUACAGUUCAUCCCUGCUACUGAGGUAAAUGGAAUGCUGGUAGCUAAACUUACAAAGGAAGAUGUUAUUGAAUCAAAACAUUACUGGAAUUCCACAUUAGUUUGCUGUAUAUUGGGGGCUAAUCCCCCAAUUGAAGUUAUUAAAGGUUUUAUCAAUCGUGUUUGGAAAUCAUACCCUAUGGAUGAUAUUUCAGUACUAAAAGAAGGACAGUUCUUAGUUACUUUUCGAAAAGAGGAAGAUAUGAAGGAGAUUGUUAAGAGGAGAUAUUACUUUUUCGACAAUAAACCCAUGUAUAUUCAACAAUGGAAACCUGGAAUGAAGGUUAUAACUGAGGAACUGACAGAUAUCCCAAUCUGGAUACAACUUCCAGACCUAGAUGUGAAAUACUGGAGCCUGUCAGGUCUGAGCAAACUGGGUAGUCGGAUUGGUAAACCAGUUAAGAGGGACAAAGCCACUGCAACCAAAACUAAGUAUGCUUAUGCAAGAAUACAGGUUGAAGUCAGUGUUCAUCAGGAAUUCCCACAUGAGAUCGUAUUUGUAGAUGAGGAAGAUAAGGUUGUCAGCCAGAAAGUGGAAUAUGAAUGGUAUCCAUGUAUAUGUGCUCAUUGUAAGAGGAUGGGACAUAUGCAAGAAACUUGCAGGAAAAAAGAAGGGAAGAAGCUAACUGCUGGACAAUCAAAACUGGCAUGGAGGCCUAAAAGAACCAAACAGAUUAAUGAAGUGGAGAGAAACCAGAUGGUGGAGCAUGAGAAUCUCCUGGAGGUUCAAGAGGGAAAUCAGGUUCAAGAGGGAAAUCAGGUGAAGGAUCAGCCAUCUAACUCUCAGAAAGAUGAGGAAGGUUUCACUGAGGUUAGUGGCAAGAAAGCUGCUAAAAGAAUCCUAUUAAGUAAUAUGAAGGAAGACCUAUUAACUGAGAUUACCAAGCUGUUUGAGAAGGAUGAGGUCAACUUAUUCCUGAAAAAAUAUGACAUGUUGAUUUGUGGACUGUUGGAAACCAAAAUCAGAGAGAAAAAUUUCAUAAGUAUUGAAAAUAAAAUAGCCCAAGGGUGGAGCUCCUACAUUAAUAAUGAAUAUCAUCAACUGGGCAGAAUAUGGGUGUUGUGGAAGCCCAAUAAGCUGAAAGUUAAUAUUAUGGAGGCUGGAGAGCAAUGGGUUCACUGCAAAUGUGGUAUUGUAGAUGGUGAGCCAAAGAUUUUCUUCAUCACGUUUAUCUAUGGACAUAAUGAUCUAGUUAAAAGGAGGGAUCUAUGGUUAGCUAUUAAAAAAAUUGCUAUCUCAAAUACACUUUCCUGGUGCAUUGUUGGCGAUUUUAAUAGUGUGCUAGAGAUGGAUGAUAGGGUGGGUGGAAACCCAGUCACUUGGGAUGAGACACAGGAGUUCAAACAAUGUGUUCAGAUGUGUGGUUUGGAAGAGAUACCUGCAGAAGGAGCUAAAUUCACUUGGUCAAACAAGAAAGGGCCUGGCAGAAGAAUCUUUUCCAAAAUAGAUAGAGCACUUGCCAACAUUGAAUGGUUCAAUGAGAUGGAUACUAAAGUUCCUAUUAAGGUAGAAGGAUUAUCUGAUCAUUCUCCUCUCCUUAUUAAAAACUGUAGUAUGAAAAGCAAUUUUUCCUUCAAGUUUUGUGACAUGUGGACUCUGGACCCCUCCUUUCCUAAAAUAGUGAAGGAGAAUUGGAGCAAGGAAGUGCAAGGCAGAUAUAUGUACAAAUUGGUCACCUAUCUUAAAGAAGUUAAGGGGCAGUUGAGACAGCUAAAUAAGGACAAAUUCUCUAAUAUUUUCCUGCAGUGCAAUGUCCUUAGGGAAGAGCUUCAACAAACCCAAGAAGCUAUCAAAAACAAUAUGGAUAGUAUAGCUCUAAUUACUAAGGAAAGGGACCUAAUCAGGGAGUUGAACUGGAAAAUGAAGGCAGCAAGAUUAUUGAAAUUCCAACAAAUUAAACAAGAGUGGGUACUGGAAGGGGACAAGGACUCUAGACUAUUUCAUGCAUGGAUCAAGAAGAGAAGACUCAAGAACUAUAUUAAUACCAUUAAAAAUUCUAAGGGCCAGAUUGUUGAAGUGAAUGAGAAGGUUGCUCAAGUUAUGGUGGAGUACUACCAAGACCUCCUGGGAAACACAAAAAUUACUGAUAAUAUUAAUAUAGAUAUCUUAGCAGAAGGCAAGGUGUUAACUGUGGAACAACAACUCAAGCUUCUAGCCUCUAUCCAUCCUGAGGAAGUCAAGAAAUAUGUUUUCAGUAUACCUAACAGUAAAAGUCCUGGCCCAGAUGCAUGGCUGAUUUGGAAGGGUAGAAUACUUACUAAGGACAGGCUAAGUAGGUUUUUACCAAUUGAUACAAUCUGUAGCCUAUGCAACAAGAUGGAUGAGACUGCUGACCAUCUCUUUUGCAGCUGUCCUUUUGCAAAGUAUAUUUUCCAGCAUAUGUCUAUGCUUAUCCAGUAUGACAUGGAAGCUAAUUCCAUUGCUGAGCUAGGACAGAGAAUGAAUAAGGGAAGAAACAGAAGAGAUAGGAGGGCUAUUGCUGCUUGUGUUGUUACCUGUUGUUACUUCAUUUGGAAAGCUAGAAACUUCAAGCUUCACAACAAGGAGAUGACUGUGGUGGACACGCUGAAGACUAUCAAAGAACACUUCAAUAUUAUUAUGGGUAACUAGUCUAUGUUGUUCACGUUGUAUACUGGUGUUAGGUGCUGGUUCUUGUUAUUGGGCCACAAUCAUUACACGUUUAUUUACUGCGUUUUGUGAAUGCAUGUUGAAUGUAUGUUGAACGCUAGUAAUGGACAUGUGCGCGGCCAUGUCGAUAGGUGAGAUCGAAAUUAUAAAUCCCUCACGAAUAUUAAGUCUGUUGCCUUCUGGCGCCCGACACCUAUCCAGCUAAUGUGCACUGUCAUGUACUCAGCCUCAGAGCAUAGUACGGUGUAUGUUAAGCUGGUUACGGGAACCGCCAUAGCGUGGUCGCUGUCGCACGUUGGGUUAGACUUAACUGAGUCUCGGUCAAAUGGAUGGACGACUCAGAGGCAGUAAGUUGGGGUCAUCAAUGACAAGUCGGAUGAUUUUACUCACUCACCCAGCCAGGAGUUGGAUCUUUAUGAUUUAAUUGGAACUCUAUUCCUAACCAAAGUAGUCUGCUUGUAAGACGUGCCUCAGCCAAUUACAAGUAUGGUGAAAAGGUGUCCUGGUCCGGUUGUAGUAAUAUUGCUCGCCCAACACCAGACCAAGAGCUAAGAGCCCGGCUCAUCAGUUGGAAAUAUGUUCCUACCUAAAUAGUUGUCUUGUGGAGUAACGCCCAAGCGGAACGCAAGAUAAUGAAAUAUGGAUCUUGGCCCACUACAGGUUUCGCUGGAAAUCUCCGAAUCAAUAUCGAGGGUUAUUGAUUUGUUAAAAAUAGUGGGAGAUAAUUAAUUAAAGGCCUAAUUAAUUAUUAAACAUGAUAGAUAACCUAGUUUGCAAAAUUUUCUGUAGAUGGCAAACAACAACAACCCUUUCAACCUGCGUUACAUCCUGGAAAACAACAAGUUAUCCGGGACCAACUUUCUUGACUGGGAGAUGAACCUCCGAAUCGUUCUUAACUAUGAGAGGAAACUCUACAUCCUCGAAACGGAUCCUCCC